UUUCUAAGUUUUAGCAAAUUAGAAAUAUUAGUUUAUGAAUGAUGUUAAACUAUCAAUCUUUUUAUGUAGGUAUUAUAGCCAUGAGUGGCUCCAAGAAUCUCCCGAUCGUCUUCCUCCUCAUAGGGACAUCGAAGUUUCAAGGGAAAGGAAAAAGUGCAUUGAAAGAAACUACUCCAAUUCAUCCGAACGAAGAAGUGUUAAUGAGGAGUUUGCCUCUUUUUCAGCUGCCAUUGAUGAUUUUUCUGAUAAUGAUUCAAUGCGUGAUCGAGGUUUGAUGUCUCCAACUAAAUGGUGGGUUAUCCAUGGUGCUUCUACACCAACUCUUCAAAGUUUAGCUUUAAAGCUACUUGGGCACCCAUCUUCUUCUUCUUGUUGUGAGAGAAAUUGGAGCACCUACAAUUUCAUACACUCAUUGAAGAGGAACAAGAUAACACCACAAAGAGCGGAAGAUUUGGUAUAUGUUCACUAUAACCUUCGUCUUUUAUCUAGGAGGAGUCCACAUUAUAAUGAAGGAGAAAGUAAGAUGUGGGAUGUUGGAGCAGAUGGGUUUGAUUCCAUGGACAUGGAGGGUGCUGCUAUCCUUGAAAUUGCCAAUUUAUCUCUUGAUGAACCUGAAUUGGAGUCGGUCUUAUUUACUGACGAAGGCGGUGUUGGCGAUGAGACCGAUAUGGAUAUUUGAUUUUUUUUACAGUUUUACUUGUUUAUUUAAGAUGUAUUUGGUGUGUUGCAUUUUGUUAUGUUUACUUUUUGUUUGUAAUGGAUAUUAUGGUUGAUCUAAUAUGAACAUGGUUUUCUAUUAUAGGAUUUUUAAUUUUUAAUACGAUAUAUAUAUAUAUAUAUAUAAUAUUUUUUAUUUUUUAAUAAUCGUCGUAUCCUAGCCGUAUCGUGUCCUAUAUUUUUAAAAUUUUUCCUAUCCCCGUAUCCGUGUC